AUGGGUGUAGCUGACUUGAUUAAGAAGUUCGAGAAAAUCGCCAAGGAUGACGAUUUUGAGACUCCUCAAAGGGAAGCUCCUUCAAAAGUUCAUAUCCCAGAAGAAAUCGCCAAGGAUGAUAAAUUAACUACUGGAGAAGAUGAAAGUAAGGUAGAAGAACCUACUGCUGUUGAAGAAGAAGAACCAAUUAACGAAAAUGUCGUUGAUGAGACACCUAUCGAAGAAACCCCCGUUGAAGAAACUCCAGUUGAAGAAACUCCAGUUGAAGAAACUCCAGUUGAAGAAACUCCAGUUGAAGAAACCCUGGUCGAGGAGGCUGCUGUUGAAGAGACUCCAAUCGAGGAAAACCCAAAAGAACAAGGGCUCGAAGAAGAAGAGCCAACAAAAGAAAAAUCCAUUUCAGAAGAAAAAUCUCAAGACAAAGAAGAAGAAGAAGUUCCAGUAGAAGAAACUACUGAAGAAACCAAAUUAUCAGUCCCUGUUGAAGCUGAUGAAAAGGAAACAGAAGAAAGUGUAGUAGUUGACAUCAAUACUACCGAAGUUACUCAGGAACUUGAUGCUGAAAACAAUGGUAGCAAAAAUAAGAAAAAGAAAAAGAAGAACAAGAAGAAGAACAAGAAGAAGAAUAAUGCCAACAAUAAUGACAACGAAGGUAAUACCGAACAACCUUCUGAAUUGACCACUGCUGUUGAUGAUGUCAAUAACUUAGAAGCCGUCAAUACAGUGCACUUAGGCCUUGAUCAAAAACACAACUCCGAAGAGUUAAAAGUAAUGGCAGACGAAGUGAAGGAGGAAACCAUGAGUAGCAUUGCUCAUGAGGUAUGCCACAACGAUGAUGAGAAUGGCACUGAAACCACUGAGAAUGAUGAAGAAGAUGUUGUCGUUUCUGAAGCUUCCACAAAAAAUAAUAGUCGUGUUGGACGUGACAAUCCAUUUGAAUUUGGAAAACGUAACUUAACAGAAUCAUCUGAUGUGUGGGAUCAUAAUGCAUGGGAUAACAUUGAGUGGGGUGAAGAACAAAUAGAUCAAGCCAAUGAAAAAAUAUCCGAACAAAAGAAAUUCCCUGUAUCUGACUUUGAUAAAAAUCUAUACAAUGGGAAUCCAGCAAGAUAUUGGGAUAUCUUCUAUAAGAAUAAUAAAGAAAAAUUUUUCAAGGAUAGACAGUGGCUUCAAAUAGAAUUCCCAAUUUUAUAUAGCUCCACCCGAAAGGAUUCAGGCCCGGUUACAAUUUUUGAAAUCGGUUGUGGUGCAGGGAAUACUUUCUUCCCUAUUCUGACACAGAAUGAAAAUGAAGACUUGAAGAUCGUAGCUGCCGAUUUUGCACCAAAGGCUGUCGAACUUGUCAAGGAAUCUGAACAUUUUAACCCUAAAUAUGGUUCUGCAUGUGUCUGGGAUUUAGCUAAUCCAGAGGGGGCUUUACCAGAAGGUAUUGAACCACAUUCUGUUGAUAUUGCCGUAAUGAUUUUCGUUUUCAGCGCAUUGGCUCCAAAUCAAUGGGACCAAGCAAUGGAAAACUUGCGCAAGAUUAUGAAACCUGGUGGUAAAGUCCUAUUCCGUGAAUACUCAUUUGGUGAUAUGGCUCAAUUGAGAUUCAAGAAAAACAGACUUCUAGAUGAUAAUUUCUAUGUCAGAGGUGAUGGUACGAGAGUUUAUUUUUUCGGUGAAGAUGAACUAAGAGAAAUUUUUACCAAGAAUAACUAUUUCGUUGAAAACAAAAUUGCUAUCGACAGAAGAUUAUUAGUUAACAGAAAGAGAAAACUGAAAAUGUACCGUUGCUGGAUUCAAGCAAUGUUCGAAGCAUCUGAGUAA